AUGGUACCACUCAGACCUUUCUGUAGUACAUCCUUUACUAAAAGAAGCAAACAGAUCUAUAAGAUGUUCGAUAUAGCAGCUAAUUUAUCGGAUGAGAAGUUCAGUGGGAUUUAUGGGAAAAGGGUGCAUGAGCCGGAUCAUGGGAUUGUGGUGGAGAGAGCGAGGAAGUAUGGAGUGGAGAGGUUGUUGUUGGUAGGGGGGUAUAUUGAUGAUGCGAAAGUUUCGUAUGAUUUAGCGAAGAAAUUUGGGAAUUGAUAUGUAACGAUUGGAGUUCAUCCGUGAAGAGCUACAGAGGUAUUUAAGAAUGGUGGAACAGUUGAAGAAUACCAAGAAGCUAUAGAAAGAACUAUUCAUGAUCAUUUUCAAGAUAAGUCAAGAUUAGUGGCCAUUGGAGAAUGAGGACUAGAUUAUGAUAGAUUCCAAUUUGCAGAUAAAGAAACACAAAUGGCUGUCUUUCCAUUUCAUUUUGAAUUAGCAAAGAAGUAUGAGCUUCCAAUGUAUCUCCAUUCUAGAGCUACAGGAUUAGAGUUCAUUAAUAUAGUUAGAGAAAAUAGAGAUAUGUUCCCAACAGGUGUAGUUCAUUCCUUCACAGGAGAAGAAGACGAACUUAAAGAAAUUAUCGACCUUGACCUGUAUGUUGGAGUCAAUGGAUGAUCAAUGAAAACAGAGGAGAACUGUGAAAUUGUCAAAAAGAUCCCUCUUGAAAGGAUCAUGCUUGAGAGUGACUGCCCUUAUUGCGAUAUCAGAAAUAGUCAUUUUAGUUCUCAAUAUGUGAAAACUAAAAUACCGAGUGUUAGAAAGAGAAGGUAUAAUCCUAAUAAAAUGUGUAAGGAAAGAAAUGAACCAUGCACGAUGAUACAAGUUCUUGAAGCAGUAGCUGGUAUCAAAGGUAUCCCAGAGAAAGAAGUUGCAGAAGCAGCUUGGAGCAAUACAAUGAGAAUGUUUAAGCUUGAAUAA